UUAUUCAAACAAUGAGGUCAUAAACCAACUCAAAAUGGGGAGAUAGACUUUCACCCAAAAAGAAAAAGAAGAGAUAGGCCAAAGGAUAUUUUGUCAUGUUGUGGAAAAUAAGGGAGAUGCAGACUCUAAAUGCUCUGUUUCUCUUAUUCUAUACAAAUGAAGCUCUGUCUCUCAAAUAAUUUAAAGUAAAGGCCUAACCCUUCUGGAUCAUGUCCUGCACAAUUCUCAUCCUAUAUUUCUUUCUCAAGCUUGCAUCUUCAGACAACAACACUCAAGAUGGAUUCUUGUUCGAUGGUUUCUUCAAGUUGGGUGGCAGCGCAGAGGUAAACAAUUCCAAUAUGUCCUCUCAUGUAAUAUUUGCGGAUAGUGGCCUGAGCGAAGCAGGCCAAGUCUUCUAUAACCGUACUUUCAAAUUCAAGAACUCAACUACUGCUCCUGUCUUCUCCUUCUCCACUACCUUUAUUUUUGCAGUAGUAUCCAACGACCCUGAAUUCAGCGGCCAUGGUCUUGCCUUCGCUAUCUCACCAUCGAAUGUUGCAGUGGAGCUUGACACAGACCAAGAUUUCCAAUUUGAAGACAGAGAUGAUAACCAUCUGGGUAUUGAUAUUAAUGGUUUAGUAUCUGUGAAAUCUGCUACUGCUGGCUACUUUGAUGAGCAUGGGCAUUUCAAAGAGCUAUAUCUCAAUAGUGGGAAACGAAUUCAGGUUUGGGUUGAAUAUGAGAGUUUGAAUCAACAGCUCAAUGUCACAAUACAUCCAAUAAAAAAACCUAAACCCAUGCUUCCACUUUUAUCCUUGAAAAGAGAUCUUUCCCCUUAUUUCUUUGAGUUUAUGUAUGUUGGUUUCUCAUCUGCUAGUGGGUCUAAAUGUUCUCACUACAUCUUGGGUUGGAGUUUCAGGAUGAAUGGUCAAGCUGAGGAGAUUAACCUGUCUACCCUUCCUGAGAUUCCUGGUGUUACAAGAGACAAUGAAGACGAUGCGGGGGAUGGAUAUAGAAAAGUGCAGAAGAUGUUGGCAGUUGUAUUAUCUUUAAUUGGGGGUAUUUUUCUUCUACUCUUGAUUUUUGGAGCACUUAUGAUUUCAAGGAGGAGAAAAUUCAUUCGGGUACUUGAGGAUUGGGAAGUGCUUUAUGGACCUCACAGGUUCUCCUAUAAGGACCUAUUUAUUGCUACUCAAGGCUUCAGAGAUCGACAACUUCUUGGAAAAGGAGGUUUUGGCAGGGUAUACCGAGGCAUUCUACCAUUCUCAAAUGUUCAAAUUGCAGUAAAGAGAAUUUCUCAUGAUUCCAGUCAAGGAAUGAGAGAAUUCGUAGCUGAAAUCGCAACCAUCGGCCGUCUCAGGCACCCAAACCUGGUUCGACUUCUGGGAUAUUGCAGGCGCAAGAAUGAACUUUUCUUAGUUUAUGACUAUAUGCCUAAUGGAAGUCUUGAUAAGUUCCUUUAUCGAGUACCCAAUUGCAUGCUAGACUGGAAACAGAGAUUCAAAAUCAUCAAAGAUGUGGCAUCUGCACUCUUCUAUCUGCACCAACAAUGGGUUCAAGUUAUAAUCCACAGAGAUAUCAAGCCUGCCAAUGUACUCAUCGACAAUGAGAUGAAUGCCAGGCUAGGAGAUUUUGGUCUUGCCAGGUUAUGUGACCAUGGAAACGAUCCUCAAACCUCUCAUGUAGCUGGUACUCCAGGUUAUAUUGACCCUGAGAUUGUGCAGAGGGGAAAAUCAACCACAUGCACUGAUAUAUAUGCAUUUGGGGUGUUUAUGCUUGAGGUUACUUGUGGCAGAAAGCCUGUGGAUCCUCGGACUUCGCCGGAGAAAGUAGUGUUGAUCGAUUGGGUAAUGAAUUGCUGGGAUCGAGGAGCUAUUUUGGAGACAGUUGAUUGCAGACUAGGAAAUGAUUAUGUGUCGCAUGAAGCUGAAUUGGUUUUGAAGCUUGGAUUGCUUUGUUCACAUCCAGUGGCCGCAGCCAGGCCAAACAUUUCUAGUGUAGUACAAUUCUUGGAUGGAGCUGCUCAGUUGCCUGAAAAUGUAAGUUCUAUAAUAAAAUCUCGAGAUUCCAGUGAUGGCUCCAGUCAAGGAGGAGUAGGCAAAGAUGAAUUCCCUUCUGGAAAUGUUUCCAUUGCUUCAUUGACAUUUACAGAAUCAUUUGCCUCUGACGGACGUUGACGUAGCAUGGAUUUUUGUUUGAUUUGUAUAUAUAUGUGUAGAAAUUCUUGUCUAGGUUAGAUUUAUUACGAACUCAAGAUAAAAUAUAUGAGAUUUAUAUAUUUAAUAAAUAAAUUUUAUCACACAUUUCAUA